GUGUUUAUAAGGGGGGUCGACUGUACCCAAUUUAUCUAUCUAUAUAUAUUUUUUAAACAGGGAGAAAUCGGUUUCGCCACUCUUCCAGACCAAGUUCAUCGAAAAUCCGUCAAGAAAGGAUUUGACUUUACUUUGAUGGUUGUAGGUGAAUCUGGACUGGGUAAAUCAACUCUUAUUAACAGCCUGUUCUUAACAGAUAUAUAUAAAGAUAGAGUUGUUCCUAAUGUGGAAGAAAGGGUUGACAAGACAGUCGAUAUUCAAAAAACUACAAUAGAAAUCGAAGAGAAAGGUGUUCGAUUGCGUUUGACAGUUGUAGACACUCCCGGAUUUGGAGAUUCUGUCAAUUGUGAAGACAACUAUAAAACAAUCGAAAAAUAUAUAGACGAACAAUUUAAUCAGUUUUUUAAAGACGAGAGUGGCUUGAAUAGGAAGAACAUCGUGGAUAAUAGAGUUCAUUGUUGUCUUUAUUUUGUCCCUCCAUUCGGGCACGGUUUAAGACCCAUCGAUAUAGAAUUUAUGAAACGUCUCCAUCAAAAAGUCAAUAUCGUUCCGAUAGUAGCUAAAGCAGAUUCUUUAACAGCCGUAGAAAUAAGAAGAUUGAAGGAUCGAAUUCUGAGAGAACUCGACGAACAUCAAGUAAAAAUCUAUCAGUUACCCGAAUGUGAUAGCGAUGAAGAUGAGGAAUUCAAGCAACAAGAUCGAGAACUUAAGGAAAGCAUUCCAUUUGCAGUAAUUGGGAGUAAUACAGUAGUGGAAGCUAAUGGAAAAAGAACACGUGGUCGACUUUAUCCUUGGGGAAUUGUGGAAGUGGAAAAUCCAAAACAUAGCGAUUUUUUAAAGUUGAAAACGUUCUUGAUAAGCACCCACAUGCAAGAUUUAAAAGACGUCACACGAGAUGUCCAUUACGAAAAUUAUAGGGCACAAUACAUAACAAAGAUAUCUCAGCAGGCAGCUCGAGAGAGAAACAAACUUAGGAGGGAUUCCGGACCGAAUUUUGAUACAAUUUCCGAAGCAGAUCGACUACUUCAACAAAAGGAAGAGGAGAUUCGUCGAAUGCAAGAUAUGUUGCAACAGAUGCAACAGAAGCUGAGGGCAGCAGGAAAAGAACCUUUAUCCGAAUCCAAAAUGGAUGGAGAUAAAAAAGAUAGUGACAGUGUGGUUAAUUUAUAAAUUUAUAAAAGAUUUCUACUAUUAAAAUUAAAUUUUUUUAUUAUUAUUACUAUUAUUAUUAUUACUCAGUACUUAAUGGGCUGAAGAAACAAAUAAUAGAAUGCCCUCAUUUAUAACAUUCUAUGUUAUAGUUGAAGAUAUUUUUGAGUUUUUGAUAUUAAAAAAAAAAAGAAGAAAAAAUCAAAAAUUUGAAGCAUUUUUAUAUUAAAAAUUGAUAUAAAUUAAUUUAUAAUUUGUUAGUUAUAAAAGAAAACAAUGUUUUUUUUUUCAUCUUUGUGUGUGUGUCUGUAUGUGUGUGUAUGUAUUAGAUAUAAUCACUGUUAUAAAAAUGAUAAAAGGGAGCUUAAUAUAUUCCAUUCAUUACAAUUUUUCUUAAAUUUUCCAGUACAAAUUUCUAUAAAAAUAUUGUCGAGUGUUGUUAUAACGAUGUUAGAAUAUACAGGGAAUGUUAUUUUAAUUGUUUUUUUUUUUUUCUUUUAUUUUUGUUCGUGAGCCUAAAUAGAAGUUUUCAUGUAUUAUCUCUUCCAAUAAAGUAUGUUCCCACUUGUGUAAA